AUGUCGCGUCCUCGGGCCCUGUCGGGCGCUGACGCCCCGAAAGAACCACAUGCAGUCUCUCUGAAAGUCUUACGCUUGUCGCGGCCGUCACUUUCUUAUCAGUACCCCCUCCCAGCCUCCAACAACACGAUUUCCACGAAAGCCUCUCUAAGUUACCCGUCCCAGGACUUCGAUGACCAGUUCACAUUAGCGCCCCUUCUCACACUACCCCCCUCCUUCGGAUCCGUCUACGUCGGCGAAACCUUUGCAUGUACCCUCAGCGCAAAUAACGAACUUGAAGGCGAUGAUGAAAGAGUCCUCAAAUCAGUCCGCAUUGUCGCCGAAAUGCAAACACCCUCUUCAGUAACGGUUCUCGAACUCGAGCCACCCAGCGACUCGGCCCAGUUAGAGGGCCUAAAGAUCGGCGAGUCAUUACAAAAGAUUGUACGAUUCGAUUUGAAAGAGGAAGGGAACCACAUCUUGGCCGUUAGUGUUAGCUACACGGAGACGAGGAUUGGGUCCGACUCCCAGGCGGCCAGUGGACGUGUCAGGACCUUCCGCAAGUUAUACCAAUUUGUGGCACAGCCCUGUCUGAGUGUACGGACCAAGGCCUCUGAGCUACCACCAUUGGAAGUGGAUAACAAGUCACUCGGACCAUAUGGGAAGACUAGGUUACUCCGGUUUGCCCUGGAGGCACAGUUGGAGAAUGUGGGAGAUGGCGCGGUGGUAGUUACGCAAACCAAACUCAACCCCAAGCCACCGUUCCAAUCGAAAUCCCUGAACUGGGACACGAUGAGCCCAAAGAUGUCAGCGGCGUCACCACCGACACUUAAUCCGCGCGACGUGCUGCAGGUUGCCUUCCUUGUGGAACAAGAAGAAGGCCGAACCGAGGGCCUUGAUACCCUCCAGAAAGAUUUAAGGCGCGAUGGUCGUGCCACGCUGGGCCAGUUGUCGAUCGAAUGGCGCGGCGCCAUGGGGGACAAGGGGUUCCUGACCACGGGCAACCUCAUGAGCCGGAAACGCGCCUGA